AUGGAUUGUUUUCGUUUUGCUGGGGUUCCAUUCCAGCAUAUGUUUUCACUACAAAUUGGACGUCGGGGUGAAUGCCGUGUAUUGGCUGAAACCUUGGACGGAUUUAAAUGUCUUCUCAAGUAUCUUACUGAGAAGAAGCACAAAUUUUUUACUUACGACACCAAAACUGAACGUGUGUUCAAGGUUGUCAUGAAAGGACUGCCCAGUGGUGAAUCCCUGGAUCAGAUCAAAGAUGAACUGGCAAAAUUACUUGGAGUUGUGCCACUCCAAGUAAUCAAAAUGAAAAUGAAAUCCCGUCCUGGCGAUUCGCGCAACGGGAUUUCUAAUGAUUUUUAUUUAGUUCACUUCAAGUCUAGUGAACUAAACAACCUUAAGGCCUUAGAAAAAGCUAGCCUUAUGCUCCAUGUCCGAGUGAAGUGGGAACACUUCAGGAAGACUGGAGGAAAUUUCCAAAACCUCACCCAGUGCCGUAAGUGCCAGGGAUGGGGUCACGGAACUAAAAAUUGUUACAUGCCAGCUAAAUGCAUGAAUUGUGGUGAUUCCUCUCACGCAAAGGACGACUGUCCUGUGAAGGAAGAUCCUAAGAAAUUUAAAUGUUCAAAUUGUGGUGAAAACCACAAAUCCAAUUUUUGGGAAUGUAAGACUCGCAAAGCGAUCCUACAAUCUCGUUCUAACCGUCAGGUAGGAAACGCUCCACGUUUCCGACCAGGUACAAAUUCCUCUGCUGUUAACAACGGUCAGCGAGGAACAAAUUCUACAUUCGUACCCGUAGGUACAAAUAUCUCCCCUGCUUCAAAUGUUUCAUCUGUACCUACUCCCCUCGCUGCUAACAAUGUUCAGCGAGUUAAUGGAGCUACCUAUGCUGCUAUUGCAGCGGGUAGAAAUCAAAAUACUAACCAACGUUCUAAUGGAAAUUUUGACAAUUUUGACUUAGGAAGC